AUGUACUGCGGGCUGCUGCUUCAUCACAUGCGCAGCUACGCGGCGGCGCCCGGCGCUCUCGUCGGCGUGGCAUCGGCACGUCCGUCACCCAUUGGGCGGCUGCACAGAGCCGCCGCAAAGACAAAGGACAAGGUCAAGGUGCACAGCGCCAACCGGCGCAACCUGAAGCUAUUGGCUUACUGCUCGCUGGCCGUCAGCCACCGCCUCGAACGUCCCGGGCCGCGGGUCUCAUGGUCGGUCGCGGCCGUCCAGGAGGAGCUCGGCCUAGGCUAUGCCUACAGCUACACCGACAGCCGAUCGCACAUCAAGCCCGAAGCCAAGGCCGCGGUCGAGGAGGCCAAGCUGCGCUACGGGGCGCUCCCGCCGGCCGGCUUGGUCCACGAAGUGGCUGAGAUUUUCUUCCUAGAGCGGCUGCAGGCAAGCCUAGUCCCCGGCCCCGGCCCCGGCCCCGGCCCCGGCCCCGCGCCGACACCGCGCAGGUACAGCAACGCGCAGAUGCUGCCUUUUGUGUCGGGCGUGUGCUUUGCCGCCGCCGCGGGCCAGUCGCUUGACCGCGCCCAGACGGUGCCGACGAGUGACGCGCCGCUGCGUACCGCCGCUGCGGUGCUGCAACAGUUUGUAAGCGAGGGCCAUGGCCGGCGCAUAGUCGACGGCAACGACAGGGACGUUAAGCCAGACGAGGUCUAG